CAUAACCUAAACCGCGAAUCACGCAAAUGACAGUGCUGUGUAAAGUGAGGAUAAUAAUUCUACAUGCGAUAUCAUAUGAUUUAACAAAAGAGAAGAAUUUGUAGGAAAGAAUAAUGAAAUAUCCCACGUCACCGUCGACGAGUCGAUGUCAGUCACCUGUUCUGACGGAAUUUUCGUCUUCAUUGCCAAUGCCAGUUUACAGACACAAUUGUAUGGGCGCUGCAACAAAAUGUUACAAAUAUUUGAGGAAACUUCUCAAGUUCGAGCAAAUGGACUUUGAAUUUGCUCUCUGGCAGAUGAUUUUUCUGCUUGUAUCGCCACAAAAAGUUUACAGGAAUUUUCAGAACAGAAAACAAACAAAGUCGCAAUUUGCAAGAGACGAUCCCGCAUUCUUUGUGUUGAUCACGUUUUUCUACUGCGUAUCAGUUAGCGUAGUUGGCGUAGUACUGGGUUUCACAUUUUUCCAGUGUAUAAAUUUCUUGUUCUACAUGGUUUUCAUCGAGUACAUAAGUCUUGGCUUACUUGUAACCACAAUGUUGUGGUACAUAGCUAACCGUUACUUUAGGAUAGACAGAAUACAAGAUGUCGAAUGGGGGUAUGCAUUUGAUAUCCAUUUGAACGCGAUAUUUCCUUAUUUUAUACUUCGCUUCUUGCAAUUAUUAAUAUAUCAUGCUCUGAUAAAUAGCAACGCGUUCUCCGCGCGAUUUGUCGGAAAUACUUUUUACUUAAUAGCUGGUUGCUAUUACGCUUACAUCACAUUUCUCGGUUACGCAAAUGUUGAGAUACUUCACAUACACAAAACCCAUUCGAUAUUAUCCACAUUACCGAUAAUGCUAGUGUUAUACAUCAUCACAUUAUGCGCCGGCAUCGAUAUCACUUAUAUAGUUAUGGAAUAUUAUUAUCGUCCAUGGGCUUCGUAAACAAAAACUGUCACGUCGGUGCGACUAUUAAUACGGACAUAAAACAGACGUAUUGCAAAAUAAACCGCGCAAUGAUAACGUAAGCGUCACUUGUUAGUAGUUGCAGAAUUAUGAUACAGUUUUUGGAUACAAUAUCUAAUAUGUUAACACAACAUGACUGUAAAAAAUGUAAGAUAUACCCCAAUAAAAGUUU